CUGUGCCGGAUUCCAGCUGCAAGUGUUGUGGGGUUAAUGAUGCCCAGGUUGGGCAUCCCGGCCCGCCGGCCACGUGGAGACCUGCACUGCACACGCGCAAACCGAGCACCCGCGUCAAAAGACGGAGAGAGCGCGCGCUCCCCACGUCCUGCGUGUCCGGCUGCCAGGCUUCCGUCUGUGCCGCGACUCCCUCCGGGCCGGGCUGGCGCGCCCGCGUCUGAAGAGCGAUGCCCCGGGAGAUCAUCACCCUGCAGCUGGGCCAGUGCGGCAACCAGAUUGGGUUCGAGUUCUGGAAACAACUGUGCGCAGAGCAUGGGAUCAGCCCCGAGGGCAUCGUGGAGGAAUUCGCCACCGAGGGCACUGACCGAAAGGACGUCUUUUUCUACCAGGCAGACGAUGAGCACUACAUCCCCAGGGCUGUGCUGCUGGACCUGGAGCCCCGGGUGAUCCACUCCAUCCUCAACUCCCCCUACGCCAAGCUCUACAACCCGGAGAACAUCUACCUGUCAGAGCACGGAGGCGGAGCUGGCAACAACUGGGCCAGUGGAUUCUCCCAGGGUGAGAAAAUCCAUGAAGAUAUUUUUGACAUCAUAGACCGAGAAGCAGAUGGAAGUGACAGCCUAGAGAUCCCUGGAGACUGCCUUUCUGUCCUUCUUAUGCAGGGCUUUGUCCUGUGUCACUCCAUCGCUGGGGGCACGGGUUCUGGCCUGGGGUCCUACCUCCUGGAGCGACUGAAUGACAGGUACCCCAAGAAGCUGGUGCAGACAUACUCAGUGUUUCCCAACCAGGACGAGAUGAGCGACGUGGUGGUCCAGCCCUACAACUCGCUGCUCACACUCAAGAGGCUGACCCAGAACGCAGACUGUGUGGUGGUACUGGACAACACUGCCCUGAACCGGAUCGCCACAGACCGCCUGCACAUCCAGAACCCGUCCUUCUCCCAGAUCAACCAGCUGGUGUCCACCAUCAUGUCAGCCAGCACCACCACCCUGCGCUACCCUGGCUACAUGAACAACGACCUCAUCGGCCUCAUCGCCUCACUCAUUCCCACGCCCCGGCUCCAUUUCCUCAUGACUGGUUACACCCCCCUCACCACAGACCAGUCGGUGGCCAGUGUGAGGAAGACCACGGUCCUGGAUGUGAUGAGGCGGCUGCUGCAGCCCAAGAACGUGAUGGUGUCCACCGGCCGGGACCGGCAGACCAACCACUGCUACAUCGCCAUCCUCAACAUCAUCCAGGGGGAGGUGGACCCCACUCAGGUCCACAAGAGCCUGCAGAGGAUCCGGGAACGGAAGCUGGCCAACUUCAUCCCCUGGGGCCCAGCCAGCAUCCAAGUGGCCCUGUCCAGGAAGUCUCCCUACCUGCCCUCUGCCCACCGGGUCAGUGGGCUCAUGAUGGCCAACCACACCAGCAUCUCCUCGCUGUUUGAAAGUUCCUGCCAGCAGUACGACAAGCUGCGGAAGCGGGAGGCCUUCCUGGAGCAGUUCCGAAAGGAGGACAUCUUCAAGGAGAACUUUGAUGAGCUGGACAGGUCCAGGGAGGUUGUGCAGGAGCUCAUCGAUGAGUACCACGCAGCCACGCGGCCAGACUACAUCUCCUGGGGCACCCAGGAGCAGUGACUUCCUCACCACUCCCCUGGAUAGUAAGCACCUUCCCAUCAUGCUGGUCCCUCUGACCCACAUUCCCUUCACCAGCAACCCUUUUAGGUUCCUCUCCAGCCCAGAAGCUAGCCCUACUCCCUCUCCCAUGCCCUAACCUUAGAUAUGCUUGUUUACAUCUAACAAAAUAAUAAAGCUUGGUUGUGAAUAUAA